AUGAAAACGCUUGGCUGGAUUGCACUUGGAUUAAGUCCAGGGGGAGGAGUGGGAGGUGCAGAUAUUGAUGUUGGAUGGAUUUCAGAUGGAAAAACUCAUUUCAAGAUACGAAUAGAAAAAGAAGAAUAUAGUUGGACUGCAGUCCAAUUCAAACGAAAACUUGAUACGUGUGAUCCGAUAGUUGUUGCAAUCAAAUUUGACACUAAUACUUUAAUCUAUGCUUAUGGUUUGAAAGAUCCCAAUCCGAAUAUAAGUUAUCAUGAAACAAGAAAAGGGAACCAUAUAUUAUGGUUAUUAGGCUAUAAAAAUGCCAGAUUACUAGUUAUUGAAUUAGAAGCUGGUACAAUCGUUUCAACAGUUCGAAUAGAAAGUGAAGCAGCAUUUAUUGAUCAAAGAUGGGUAGCUGAUUUUAUUCGUAUUAAUCCAUUAGUGGAAUAUUCGAUAAUUAAUUUCUAUUACAAAAAGAACGGUAGAGGACAACCAAUAGAAAUUGUUCUUGAUGCAUUAACAGCUUUGAUAGUAGUCGACGAAGCAAUCAAGAAGAAAUUGAAAAAGGAAAUAUUACAUUCUCGAAUGAAUCUUCGCAAAUAA